AUGUCCGGAAAUCGUAGCCAGGUGUUAGCUACAUGUGUUGCACAUGCCGAGUUAAACUCUCCUUCCAACAUGGACCUAAACACGAAGAAAACUAUUUCCCAGUCUUUACUGUCUUGUGGAAACGGUGGAGGCCUCAGUGAGAAGCUCCUCCUGAAGCCCGGAGCGGGCCGAUCCCUGCAGACGGAGCGGGUGCCAAGGAGCAGCGUUCUGGAGCGCCUGCAGAGCUUCCUGCCUCGGAUGGCUGAGGCCAACGAGAAGCUGAAGCAGCAGCUGGAGGAGGCUCCUGAAGGACACUUUGACAUCCAGAACGUGGACGAGGCAGAACGGGUCAUAGAGAUGGAUGUAGCUGUGGUGGAGCUGAACGAGUCGGGCAGCGAAUCAGAAGAAGAGGAGGAGACGUCUGAGUCUGAGUCUGAGGAAGACGUCGCUGAGAUCACAGAGAGGAACCUCAAGCUGCCUGGAAACAGAGGGAACAAAAAGGCCAGCAUCCUGGAGGUCCUGGAGCAGGGAGGCGAGUAGGAGAGUGGGCUGCAGAGUUCUGUUGGACGGUUAGAAGAACGCUCCAGAGUACAGAAUGGCAGCUUUUCAUCAUCCCUAUGGGAGUUUUAUAAACAGUCAGAUGAUGGGACUACCUCAUCCAGCCUGGCCUUUCACUGAUGAUCAGUGAGUCCUUCCAUGAGUUUAGGCCCAAACCCGCAGGUUCCUAAUGUACACUUUCUGCUAUCAUUUAAGUGCAGCAGUCUACUUUUGCAUUUCCUGUCAGAAUUCAGAAAUGAAUGAGAAAAGCAUUCAUUGGGGAAGCUUCCUCUCAAGAAACUUGACAAUAUCACAUAGGGACAACAAUCAGUGGUACGCAACAGCUCAGGCCCACUGAUGAGCACGGUGGAGGAGCUGUCAUGCUGGGGGCCUGUUUCUUUUCUAGAAGCCCUGGGAGUCAUGUAGUGUGUGGCAGACAAGAGAUCUGUAAUGGGUCUUCAUUGAGUUGUUCAAGAGGACUGUCAUCAAAUCGGAACAAAAUCAAGCUUCUUCCAUGACUGUAUCUGUUCAGAGAACAGGGUCCAGUAGAGAGCCUGUGGGCUGACAGGCAGUGUCAGAGGAAACUGGACUAUAGAGGAUGUGCAGAGGUCAUGUAACAACUGGUCACUGGUAAACCUUAUGGACGACUGGUUGCGCAAGGUUUACUUCAACUUUGUGCGAUUUUAUAAGAGAAGUGCUGUUCUAGUACAGAAAUCAGUGGCAAUUUCUGUGGAACACAUCUUAUGUAAACAAUGUUUACAUAAGAUAAUAACAAUAACAACAAUGCUUUUUCCCCCCAACUUGGUAAAUAUUAUCUAAUUAAAGGUUUGAUUUUUCCAAUUGUUUCAGUUUGACAUUUUACUGGCUGCUACCCAAGCUGCCAAUAAAUGUGGAGGAUACUGUAACAAGGUCAGGUUAGAUGUAUGAGGAAAUUAUUUAUGCAUUUUAACCCAAGAGUCACAUUAUGUAGGAAAGUCUAUGAUGAAGUCAAAAACAAUUGUUUGUUUGGAUCAGGCUAAAUGGCUGUAUGUUGCUGUUGGAUACCAUCAUAGCCAUCCUCCUUUAACAACAUCCAUAUACUCAUUGAUUCCAGCAGUGGUCCACAUGGUGGUUCUGAAAACCACUAAAUCUCCAAGCGUCACUGGAUUCUCUGAGUUGUACAUCACAACAAUCACACAGGGACACUCCAGCACUGAGAGUUACUGUACAUUCAGUGGACGGCGUCCCAUUUUCCUUUGAGUAAGAAAACACUCCCUUACUGCCUUUCACAGUGGAAAAUGUUCUACACUUUGUGAAAUUAGUAAAGGAUAAAACAUCUA